GGAUUUUGGACAACUCGAAACAUGGCUCCGAUGUGGAUUCCUAAAUGUGGAAGUCAAGGAGGUGUAGCAUGCCCGGUACCAAGCCUUGCGAGGACUGGGCAGCACAUGUAGGCGGAUGUGAUUUCGCUGGCGAGCUAGCUUAAAAGCUAGUCACAUCCUCGUAAAGUUGGCACCACUAAAUGCAGUUGUUGGUGAUAUUUAUGAUAAUCUUGGGGAUCUCGGCCUCUCCGGUGCGAAGGCAACUCGAGGUCCGCGCCGAUACUGCCAAUGCCCCAUCUGCAUCGCUGGGCUCGAACGGUUUCUCCAGUUUAUCCAACAGCAUCUUCUCGGGCCUUGCCAGUGUUUUUUCGCAAUUUCAAAGUAACUUUCCAAGCUUGUCAUUUGCACCCAGUGGCCAGCCAGGAGCCCCAUCAACCAACCAACCCAACCAGCCUGCCAACCAACCGGUGAACCAGCCUGCCAACCAACCGGCAAAUACCCAUGCUACUGCUGCUUUCACCUUCGUGACGGUCUACCAAACCGUUGCUCAGCCAAGCACCCAAUCAGGCAAUCAGCCAGGAAAUCAGCCAGGAAAUCAGCCAGGAAAUCAGCCAGGAAAUCAGCCAGGAAAUCAGCCCAACUUUGGAGCCACUCAAACUGCUCAAACAAGUACCCAGACAACUCAGCAAGGUUUCCAACCUAGUAGUCAGCCAUCCAGUCAGCCAGGAAACCAACCAGGAAACCAACCAGGAAACCAACCAGGAAACCAACCAGGAAACCAACCAGGAAGCCAACCAGGAAGCCAACCAGGAAACCAAGCUUCGACAUUCGCUCAACCAUCUGUCCAAGCUUCUCAAUACAGCCAGCAAAGCCAAUCGAUACCCAGUGCAGCUGCACCUCAAGGCUCUUCAAGUUCUUCUUCACCAAUUGCUUCAGGCCUGCCUGGUCAACUAAAGUACGUGUCCCAGGGAGAUUCGGGACAAACCUACGAUAAGUUGUGGACUAGAUUCUGGGAUCUGUCUUCCUCCAAAUGGAAUAGCCGUGACUCUAGAUGUACUGGUCCAUAUAAGGAACCUGUUGUUUGGGAACAGGCAGUGGUAGGUAGAUCGGUGACGAACUCCAAAAAUCUGCAACAAAUUCAACAAACCAUUUCAAACCUCUUGAAUUAUCAGAAUUCCAACGUGAAAGCUUUCUCAGCAAGUACUGCAAAAGACGAAGACAUUUAUACCGACGACAAUGCUCAGGUAGCUUGGGUUUUCCUUGAAGCGUACCAACAAACAAACAACCAACAAUACUUGCAAGUAGCACAGGAUAUCGUGAGCUUCUUGCAAAGUCAAUGGGCAUCUGGAAACGGGGGUGUUUACUGGCAGUACAAAAAAAGCUAUGUUGCUUCGAUUUCGACUGUCGAAUCAGCUUUAGCUGCUUUGAUGCUUUAUGACGUGAACCAUGACUCAAACUUGCUCACUUUUGCUCAGAACUGUAUGGACUACAUGUUCAAGUACCUCCAAGACCCCUCGGAUCAUCUAUUCUAUGAUGGAGUUGACACUUCGAGUAACAGUGUCAACAAAGGUAAGCUCACUUACACCGUUGGUGUUGCUUUGAGCGUGUUGGUUAGAUUGGCCAAAGCAUCCGGCAACUCAUAUUGGACCGAUCAAGCAAAUACGUUGGCAGCAGCUGCUAUGAAUCCUAAAGGUGCAUUUUUCACUAAUGGCUACUGGAACAACCAGUUGGAGUAUGUGUAUCUCUUGUUUUCAGGAUUUACCGAUCUUAUCAAUUCUGGCUCCGCUAGCCAGGACUACAAGGAUGCCCUCGGUAAACAAGCAGCAUAUAUCUUUACCUACUUACAAGAUCCCAGCGACUUAAACCUUUAUUUUGGAGAAAUUGCUGAAACAUCUCAACAAGCAUAUGGUAAUUUCAAAAGUGCAUUUCCAAGUUCAUCAACAACCUACCAAGGUGGUGGCCAAACCUGCAGCGGGACUGUUGAAAAAUCGUUGAUGAUCAAUGCAGCUGCACAGCAAAUAUUACAGACCAUAAAUAUCGUUGGUUGAUGUGGACUUCGUAUUUAUAGAGAUCUAAAAUUGAAUGAUUCUAUGUUUU